AUAAAUGGGAGAAGAAUAAAGAGGAUGAAUUAUCACAGUCACGUAUUAAUAUUUAUAUAAUAUAAGUUAAAGUAAUCUCGUUAAAUGGUUGAUCCGAGUUCGUUUGGCACGUGUAUUCUUGAGGAUGAUAUGUAUAUUUGGUUUAUAACUUCAGUAACGAUCAUAUUGUAAGUUGUGUUGAAGACGAAUUCUAUACGAUUACUCCUCGCUAGUUUUCCUAUCGUUAUGACACAAUUUGGAAACGUGACAGCUGAUCAGCUGUUAGCUGGUUCUAGUGUACUCUCUAGGCCGGCAGAAGAAUUUGAAAAUGAUGCAUCCGUGGAAGUAAUGUGGGCAAUGAAGGCAAUGGAACACGCGGAAGUUUAUUUUAAUAUUUUAUGUUCCGUUGAUCCAAAACUUCUGAGACUCACACCUCACGAUGAUCAUAUUUACAAGACGUUUAGAGAAGCAUUUCCGAAUCUUAAGGUAGAUAAAAUAAAUGAGGACGAAUUAAAAUCCGAAGAAGGCAAGCAAAAAUGGCGUCCUUUUUGUGAACAAUUCAAAGGCUCUGUAGAGGAUUAUAGUUUUGGAACAUUGUUAAGAGGAGACUGCGAGGGUGACUAUUCGGAGGAAAACAGUAUAUUGACAACUAGAAUUCAAUUCUAUGCCAUUGAAUUGGCAAGAAAUAGAGAAGGCCUCAAUGACGGCAUAAGAAGCAAAUACAAGCCAAAAAGAACUAAUGACAAAUCUUAGCUCGUAACAAUGAUUAUGAUUUUCUUAUGUAGAAUUAACAUAACAAUGAGAUUAACAAUAGUACAUAAUAAUUUCUCGACAUUUUUAUACAUUCAUGAUUAAAAGAUUCUACAUUUUAAUAAAACGUUACAUAUAUUAAAAAUA